GCACAGUGGAGUGCUGAGGUGGAAGCACUCUGCUGUGAAUGGGAAAUGCCAUGAAUAAAGACAAAGUUCAUGACAAGGAGACUCACGGAACAAGCAGCGAUAUAAACGAGAAUACAUCUGUGGACAAGGUGAAGGGUCCUAAUCUACUUGAGCGAGCAAAGGAAGAGAUUGAAGCUCUCGCCGGAGCUGUUCAUACUAAGAUGGAACACCAUUCCAGUCCCCUUGAAAAGGAUGAAUCGCAUAAGGAAGACAAGGAGGGGAGCCUGCAGAAAAUAAAAACCCACACGAAUGAAACUCAUGGAACAAGUGCUGACAUAAGUGAGAACACACCAGUCGACAAAGUCAAAGGCCCGAAUGUGUUUGAGCGUGCCAAGGAAGAGAUCGAAGCUAUUGCUGAAGCUAUCCAUCCGAAGAAGGGAUCCGGCAGUAAUUGAGUUGUCGUCUUCACUGGCUGCAAAAACAUUGACAUGAGUAUAGCGGUAUAGCCAGAUGGAUGCAUAUACUUUCCGACAUAUCCACCCAGUGGUCUUUUGUAUACGCGCUCUGGAGCUGUAAGAGCUAAGAGCUGACUUGUGUGCAUGCUACACUGUUUUUCGCUGUGCUAUUGUGGUUUGUUUCUUACCAGAGGCAAUGUAAAAACCCCGAAUAUGGAAUUGUGAUGCUGAAAUUAUUGCGCUUGACAAUGUAUUACUCCCUCCGUUUUUAUU